AAAGAACUUCAGAGUUUUAGGUUUGUUUCUCUUCUCUCUCAAGUCAGUGGAUUUGGAUCUGUAAGAGUGUUGUGUUAGUUGUGGAGUCAGCUUUUACCACUUUGGUUCUGGUUGUUGAAUAUAUAGAAAAAAACAGUAUGAUAAUUGAUACCUUCAAUUACAACACAAGAUGCAGAGGGCUAUUGAGGACAAGCUCUUCAAGUAAGAAGAUGGAGGAAGAAGAGAAGGAAGGUCUAAGAACUGUGGAGUGUCUAAGAGGAAGACUACUGGCAGAGAGGCAAGUUUCAAGGUCUACUAAAGAAGAAGCAGAGCUCAUUACCAUAAAGUUGGAAGAGUUGGAGAAACAUCUGAAAGAAGAAAUCAGAUUAAGGGAAAAAGCAGAGAAGAGAUUAAAGUAUCUGAUUAAAAAGCUUGAAUCCAUAAAAGGAUCACGCAGUUCUGAGGGAUCAGAGCAGUUGAGUUCAUCUGAAGUGUCAUGUUUGUCAUCUGUUUCAACUUCAGCAUCCAGGGAAGAAGAAGAAGAAAAAGAAACUCAUGAAAGUGGAUUUACGGAGGAAGAUAAAAUUGAUCAAGCAACUGAAAAUGCUGCUUCCAUGGAGAAAGAGUCAAGUUCAAAGCUCAAAGAUGUUUCUUCUGAUGAAGCAAGUGCUGUUGCUUCAACCUCAAGUCACGAAGGAGAAUCACAGGCUGGUAUUGAAUUUUUAAACUGGUCAGAUACAGUUUAAGCGUUCAAGAAUCAAGGAAUAUCCACUUUUCAUCCCCUUAAAUAACCUUUGAUUCAUCAGAACAGUUUCUCUCAGGGUUGUUCCUGAAGCUACAGCUACUAAUAAUACUAUGCAGUAUAAUAUUUUUGUUGCAGAUCAUGAUAAAGGGAUUAAUUAGGGUUUAGGACACAUUUGAGUUGGACAGUAUUAAAUUCAAAGUGUUAGUAGAGAUGGCCAGGACAACACGACAUACGUCUGUGUCUUUCUUCUUGUGUUACUCUUUAUUUUGUUAUCAAAGAAUGAAAGUGACGUUUCUUGGAAACUAGUCAUGUGACCGCAUAAAGGAA